CAAUCACUGCGGCUCUUGAACGCACCCCGUUUGCUCCGGAAGUGUUUAGUUCUGUGUUGUUGUUGUGAAUGGAGCGAGCAUGGGCUCCUGUGCGGUAAAUCGUAUCACAAGAAGAGGUUGAUUAAGCUGUACUCAUGAUGAACUUUGACGACCCCGGGAUGGGGGAGUACCCACCCAGCCUUCACGGCACUCUGGACGCGGGGAUGGAGCCCUCCAUGGACCCCCACCUUAACCCCAGCUUACUGCAGGGCGUGGAGCUGGACCCGGAGGGGCUGCCGGUGACCGUCCCUGAGACGGUGCACCUCAUGGAGGGGAUGUUUUCAGAGCUGCACAGUGCCGUUUCAGAAGUUGGCAUCCCGGUGACGGCGACACAUUUUGAUCUCCAGGAGGAAAUGCUCUGGACGGGAAACCACAGAGGUCACGUCACCUCGUUCUUCGGGCCUAUGAUGGGCCGCCACUCGUCUUUCCAAGCGAAUGCAGCCGAUGACAUUCGACAGAUUCACAGUUUGGAAACUGGCGUCUUGUUUCUGUCCAAGUGUAACCUGAAGUGUCACACACGUGGGGGGCUGGUUAUGUUUGAUUACCCGAUGGAUGAAGCCGCUGACAUGCACAGUCUCCUGAUGACCGAUAACAACACCGUGCUCAUGGGCGGGUUGCAGAACUAUGCCGUAGAAUUUGACUUGAAUACUGUUCAAGAAACUCAGAAGUUCAGUGUUGAGGUUCCUGGAGUUGCAAUAAUGCGCCAAACGGGUCGUUUCUUCUUCUGUGGUCACACCUCAGGCAAGAUCACUCUGCGGGACCUGCGCAGCUUCAAGACGGAGCACGAGUUUGAUGCGUUCUCCGGCAGCCUCUCGGACUUCGACGUUCACGGAAACCUCCUGGCUGCCUGCGGGUUCUCCAGCCGCGGGAUGAACGGGUUGGCGUGCGACCGGUUCCUCAUGGUGUACGACCUCCGUAUGAUGCGAGCUGUGACGCCGCUUCAGGUGCACGUGGACCCCCUGUUCCUGCGCUUCAUUCCCACCUACACGUCACGCCUGGUGAUCAUCUCACAGACAGGUCAGUGCCAGUUCUGCGAGCCCACUGGACUCGCCAACAUGGCCGACAUUUUCCACGUCAACACCGUGGGCCAGCUGCUCAUGAGUUUCGACGUGUCGUCCAGCAAACAGGCGUUGGCUUUCGGGGACUCGGGGGGGUGCGUGCACCUGUGGUCCGACGCUCCGGAGGUUUCCUUCAAUGACUACUCCCGGGAGUCGGAGUUCGCUCUGCCGUGCCUCGUGGACUCGCUGCCUCAGCUGGACUGGAACCACGACCUGCUGCCGCUCUCGCUCAUCCCCAUGCCGCUGACCAGCGCCGAGCUGCUGCUGUCGGACUGGUCCAGCGCCAUGGCAACACCCAGCCCCAGACGAGCUCCUCCCGUGGACCCAGAAAUCCUGCGCACCAUGAAAACGGUUGGCUUCAUCGGUUAUGCGGCAAAUCCUCGAACGCGCCCUCGUAACCAGGUUCCUUACAAAAUCAAAGACGUGGAGCUGGAUUACGAUAAUUACAGCCAAGUACCGGAGUCUCCCAUCGGACGAGACGAGGAGCCGCAUCUCUACAUGGUGCCCAAGAAGUACAGAAAGGUCACCAUUAAAUACUCUAAACUUGGACUGGAGGACUUCGACUUCAAACAUUACAACAGAACCUUGUUCGCCGGCCUGGAGCCUCACAUCCCCAACGCGUACUGCAACUGCAUGAUCCAGGUUUUAUACUUCCUGGAGCCGAUCCGCUGUCUGGUGCAGAACCACUUAUGCCAGAAGGAGUUCUGUUUGGCCUGUGAGCUCGGCUUCCUCUUCCACAUGCUGGAUCUGUCCCGAGGAGAUCCGUGUCAGGCCAGUAACUUCCUCCGAGCGUUCCGUACCAUCCCAGAAGCCUCAGCGCUCGGUCUGAUCCUCGCCGACUCAGACGAGCAGACGGGGAAGGCCCGACUCGGCCGCUUGAUCCAGAGCUGGAACCGCUUCAUCCUCACGCAGCUCCACCAGGAGACACAGGAGCAGGAGGGUCCGCAGGCCUACCGGGGGGCCAGCAGCAGUUCUCUGGGUUCCUCGGGGGAGUCGGCCAUCGGGAAGCUGUUUGGAUGUGAAGUUGAGAACAGCAGUUUGUGUCGCUGCGGCAAAGAGACGGUGCGCACGUCGCUCACGCUGCUCUUCACCAUGCACUACCCCGAACACAACUCCCAGGAAAAACCGAUGAAGGAAUACGACUUUGCUGAGAUCUUGAAGAAGAGCAUCUGCCUGGAGCAGAGCACUCAGGCCUGGUGUGAGAACUGUGAGAAGUACCAGCCCACAGUGCAGACACGGAACAUCAGAUGUCUUCCGGAUGUUCUGGUCAUCAACUGCGAGGUGAACAGCGCUAAAGAGGCAGAAUUCUGGAAGGUGCAGGCGGAGUACGCCUUCAACAAGGCAAAGCAGAAAGAGGCGAUGGAGCCUCCAAAGCCUAAAGAGCCUCCCCCCCCCCUGCCCACAGAGUGGUGCUUGGAGUAA